UCAGUCCCGCCGCGGGAGGGAGGCGGCUCCGCCGGGCGCUCGCUAGCUUCGGCGGCGUAGCCGACCAGGAAGCGGAAGGAAUCCGGCGUGGUGGGUCCGGGACCCCGGGGCCGAGUGCGGGGGCGCCCGGAACCCCGGAGAGCGGCGGGGAGCGGGGGAAGCGCUUCCUUCCUGACUUGCCGAGUAGAACCCAUCUCCCCACGCCCACCCCCACUGCCUCCCCACAGCCUUCGGUGCGGAAGAAUGGCAGUGAGCCACUCCGUGAAGGAGCGCACCAUCUCUGAGAACAGCCUGAUUAUCCUGCUGCAGGGCCUCCAGGGCCAGGUAACCACUGUGGACCUUCGCGACGAGAGCGUGGCCCGUGGACGCAUUGACAACGUCGAUGCUUUCAUGAACAUCCGCCUGGCCAACGUCACCUACACCGACCGCUGGGGGCAUCAGGUCGAGCUGGAUGACCUCUUCGUGACAGGCCGUAAUGUCCGUUACGUCCACAUCCCAGAUGAUGUGAACAUCACGGCGACCAUCGAGCAGCAGCUGCAGCUCAUCCACCGGGUGCGCAACUUCGGCAGCAAGGGCCAAGGGCGGCGGGAAUUUCCCUCCAAGAAGUAUAAAUGAGCCCACUCAUCAGCAAGCCCCCGUCGCCACUCAAGUUCGUCCAAAGUUCUACUGAGCCAACCUCCAACCACCCCUCCCUGCCCAGGGCCCAGAGAGAGAGGAGGGCCGGCCCAGAAACUGGUGUCUCUGACAGACACCCCUAUCAGAGCUGCCUUUCACUGGGUCCCAUCUUCUAGACUCACCCUGGGGUCCUGUCUCUCUGUCUGUGACCUUGGGGUAGGGGACAUUGAUCACCUUGUGGUCAUUUGCAUCGGAAUCUGAUCUACUGAUUUAGGGAAUUUGCCAAGUAGUAUUCAGCCCUCUCCCAGUGAGAGAGUUACCAAGUGUACUUAGCCCGAGCCACCCCUCACUGUUCCCGUUUCCCACAGUUGUGUUUGCUUUCUCAUAAAACUUGGAUACAAACAA